GUGCAUGCAAACAAACAAAUUUCAGUUCAACCGGUUAAGCAGCCUGCUUAGCAUAUAACUGCGGCAUUAUUUUGUUUUGAAUGAAUUGUUGCCAACACUUGCCUUAGUUGUUGAUUUUAACCUGAACAAUAUAGUCCAGCUAUGCCGCCGGCCAAGUUAAGCGCACAUGAUCAACAAGUGCUGGAGUCCAUAUUUAAUCCCCUGGAGCUAGUAACACCCAACAAUGACAUUUUCAACUGCGAUCUUAUGCACGGCAAGCUAGUCGAUGAGGAGGAGCCCGCCAGAGAGCAUUUGGAGGAUUCUAAAGCGCUGGAGAUGGAGGCUGUGCGCUUGACGGAGCAGGGAGAAUUGGAUCAGGCUUUAAUUAAGUUCGACAAGGCGUUGGAGUUAACUGAGCGUGCUUCGGUUCUGAAUAAUCGUGCGCAGACUUUGCGCUUGGCCAAACGUGAUGAAGCGGCACUGCAUGAUCUAAAUCGUGCGUUGAUCUUGGCAACGGAAAAGCAAGCACGCACCAAGUGCCACGCCCACUGUCAACGUGGCAUAUUGCAUAGAAAGAUGGACAAUUUGGAGGCAGCGCGUGAAGAUUUUGAAGCUGCUGCGCAGCUGGGCAGCAAAUUUGCCAAGGAACAGUUGGUUGAGAUUAACCCCUAUGCGGCGCUUUGCAAUCAAAUGCUGCGACAGGCCUUUGAUCAGCUUAAGUGAUUUGGCCAACUAAAAGUGUGUGCUUGAUUGUUCACAUAAAUAAAAAUUAAUUAAGUUGAAGACGCGUUGGCAAGCUGCAAAAUGUGGCACGUGCAACGAUUUUAUUUUGGCUACACUCUCAAGCAGCUACGGGGGUCGCGGCUAAAACAACAAUAAAGCCAAAAAACCGAAACGAAAACAGUUAUUAAAU